UUAUUAAAUUAAACAAAUCUCUACAAAAAAAGUGUCAUUGCAAGUGGAAAAAAACAUUCGAAUUGAUUCUAAAAAAAAAUUGAAAGAGUUUUUAAACAAUGUGGGAAAAAAAGCUGCAACAGGAAAUUUUUCGAGAAGUAAUCAAAGCAAAAAAAAUGCAGAACACAUUUUUAUAUUAUCUUAUAUAGUAAAAGAAGAUGAAAAAGGAUGAAAUGUGAGAGAGAAAAGGGGAAUUUUCUCUCAAGAUGGUUCAAUAAGAAAAGUAUAUAUUCUAAUACAACAUAAAAAUAUAUAUUUAUUUUAUGAUUGUAGCCAAGUAAGUGACGUUAAUUGGGUUUUGAUCCUUCUUUUUUAAUGUUAGAACGAACCACAAUUCUAAUUCAUAUUAACAGUUUAUUGACUAAUUACUUGUAUUUUAAGAUUACAAAAAAAAUAUUAUAUAUUGAGAAGAUUGAAAACACAAAAAGUAACAUUGUAAAGUUGUUUAUAAAUGUGUAAAAGAAUGUUUUCUCUUCAAAAAAAAAAUGAUGAAAAAAGAACCCAAUUUUCCUUUAUUUUUUCCUUUUGAAAUUCACAACACAAAUAAUUUUUGAUCCUUGUUUUUCUUCAUCGUGGGGAACAAAAAAAAAUCUACACAGAAUAGAAAUUGCAUCAAAAAUAUAUGAGAAAAAAAAAUAGGAAAAGACAUAAUGUUGAGAGAAUAAAGAAAAAAUAGAUAUCAAAGAUUUAUCUAUAAAAAAAAGUCCAUUUUAUCGAUAAUUUUAUUCCUCAAACUUAUGAUAAAUAUAUCUUCAAUAUGUUUUAUCUCUUCUUUCAUGUACAUUUAUUAUAUAUUUUAGUAUUUUGACAAUAAAAAUGAGAAAAAAUGCAGCCUUUCGUCUUUUGGGAAGUUUUUCAUGCUUUACGAUUUAUGAAUUUUUAGAAAACUCUUUAUCUUUUCUACUGCUAAAAAAGUAAAUUUAGUAUUUUACGGGGAAAUUGAAAGAAAAAAAAUAAUGGAACAAAUUUUCAAGUUUUCAAAAAACGUCUCUUUGUUGAAUUGUCGGUCAGUUCUUCCUUAUAUCGACAAUUAUCGAUACGAAAUGCAUUAAAUUUAUCAUUUUUUACACUAUUUUAGGGGAAAACUCGACUGAUUUGGACUAAUUAAUCCUCAAACCGUCGAUUUUAUCUAUUUUACCCCUAAAAUUGUAUUAUAAAAGAAAAUUUACAAAUUCGUAUCGAUAAGUUUCGGCUUUGGGAAGAACUUUAUAGAUUUUGAGGGAGAAUAUUUGGCUUUUUUUAUUUUUAACUUAAAAACAUUGCAAAAAGUUAAUGAGAAAUAUGAAAAUUUGAUAUUUUACAACUCAUUUGAGUAAAAUAUUCUCCAAGACUAAGUAAAAUCGAAGAAAGAACUAUUUUCAAAUUUUCCUCCCGUUGAAAUCAAUUUUCCUUCGAUUCCUUCGCUUUUGCCUUUGUUUGAUCGAUAUUUAACAUAAAACACACAAAAGCUUAGAAUGUUCUGGGGCUGGAGCGAAGCUGUGAAUCUGGUGGAGAAGUGGCAACAGUACGCCAAGGAUCAAUCUCUGCCCGGAGACUUCAAUGUCCUCCUCUUCGGUCCAGGAGAUCCGCGCCACAUCCUGGCCGUCUUGGCGAAAUCUCACUGUCUUCCGGCGGACGCGAAAGUGCAUUUCUAUCUGCUGGACAGUUGCAUGGAGCACGUGGCCAGGAAUCUGCUGCUGCUCACCGUGGCUCUGGAGGACGGCAGAGAGAUGUCCCUGCGCGGGAAGACGCACCUCUUCAUGGACAUCUUCGGCAACAGUCAUUUGCGUCCUUCGUCCGCCAAUUACAUCCGCGCGCGCAGCAAGUUUCUCAUCAAAUCUGUGACUGACAGUGAAUUUGCCAGAGAACACCUGCCCUUGGUGAGUCUGGAGAGGCUGAAGUACCGCAAGAGGGAUCAACUGGAGGCCACAAUGAGUUUCUGGACAGCCGACGGAACGCCCUUUCCCGUGCAAACGCUGUGGAAUGCGAGAUUGAGGGAGAAUUUGGGCCAGAGAUUCGACUAUCGAAGCGGAAUGUUCGAUUGGGAUCUUCAGAUGCAGCUGAAGGAUCGCGGAGCUGGUCAAAUCUGCCCUCAGGAGUACUCAAGUUGGCGUGAAACUGGAGUGGCUUUCGUGUUUCCCGAAUUCGAACAAUCCAUCCCGAACAAGACGCUCGCGCUGAAGCAUCAGCAGCGGAAUCAGUGGCUCUUCCUGGGCGACAUGACUUCUGGGCCAUUCAUCGCCUUCGGACUGACGUGUGCGGAUGAGAAGAUGCUGAAAUCCCAGCACGGAGUCAAUGAUUAUCGCGCCACGGAUGUCACUGAGAGGAAUCUCACUGAGAUAUUCUUUGAGAUGCUGGAGAAGAAGCCUUUCAGCGCCUCUCCGCAGGAUUCUCAUCGCUUCGGCGCGGCCACAAUCCAGCCAGGAGUUAUUCUUCCAUCAUCCGGACUGGGAAAAGACUCCAGAAUCAGGGACAAUAUGAAUUCCCUGCUAAGAUUUUCCAACAUUUCUGUGACUUUUCUCUCUCCGGAUGAUGUAAAACGUUUUCUCACGCGAGCAGAUCUUCAGGAACACUUUUCAGUGAUUUUCGUGGGUCAGAAUUUCUUCCCCUGCUUCACGGGAGAGUUUAUCCAGACACUGCACAGAGAUGGAGUGAUUCUCUUCGAGACCAGACGCUUCACGACCUUCCGGAAGGACAAAGUGGGGGAAUUUAGCAGCCAAAUCCGGGAAUUUUCUGUGAAAAACUCCCUCAAGAGCGUCAAUUCUUCAUCAAUCAAUCAACACUACUCACUGUUGGUGUACAAAAAGGCAUGA